GCGGCCGUUGCGGGCGGAGCUGAGGCGAGGCGGGGCGAGGCGGGGCUGGGCGGCGGGGCCCGGCCGCGUCCCUCCCGGCCCGGCGGCAGCGCCCUGCCCGGGCCCGGCGGGGGACGGGGCGCUCCGGCAUGUCGCAGGCCGCCAUGUCCGAGACCUACGAUUUCCUCUUUAAGUUCUUGGUCAUAGGAAAUGCUGGAACUGGAAAAUCCUGCUUGCUACACCAAUUUAUUGAAAAGAAGUUCAAAGAUGAUUCAAAUCAUACAAUAGGAGUGGAAUUUGGUUCAAAGAUCAUAAACGUUGGUGGUAAAUACGUGAAGUUGCAGAUAUGGGACACAGCAGGACAAGAGAGAUUCAGGUCUGUAACAAGAAGUUACUAUAGAGGUGCUGCAGGUGCUUUGCUUGUCUAUGACAUAACCAGCCGAGAAACCUACAAUGCACUUACUAAUUGGCUGACAGAUGCAAGAAUGCUAGCAAGUCAAAAUAUUGUAAUAAUACUGUGUGGAAACAAAAAGGAUCUUGAUGCAGAUCGUGAAGUUACUUUUUUAGAAGCAUCCCGGUUUGCACAAGAAAAUGAGCUGAUGUUCUUGGAAACAAGUGCACUAACAGGGGAAAAUGUUGAAGAGGCCUUUGUACAGUGUGCAAGAAAAAUACUCAAUAAAAUUGAAUCAGGAGAACUAGAUCCGGAAAGAAUGGGCUCAGGUAUUCAGUAUGGAGACGCUGCCUUGAGACAGCUGAGAUCACCACGUAGAGCACAAGCACAAAGUGCUCAAGAAUGUGGGUGUUAAAGAAGCAAAGCACAAAAUUCCAAAUACUCGCUUUAGAUACAGAAGCUGUCCAUGUAAAUGACGUUUGAAGAAACAAGGUUUGAGAGCUAUGCAGUUUUUAAACACGCCUUUCCACUAUAUCCAGACAGAGCAGAUGACUGCUGACAGAAAGGUGCGCUGUGUGCUAUGUGUGGAAGAACGUCCAUGUGACACAAAGCCUGUAAAGAGAAGCUGAUAAUUCAGUGGACAAUGUUAAGGUGGUACCUGUAUGUAAACAUUUUGUUGCCUAGUUUUGUUCUUUCAUCUUUAGUUGAAAGCAUUGCUAUAUACUGUAAAUAAUGUAACAGUAAAUUUACAAAGCAUGGUAUACUUCUAUGAUGAUAGAAUGUUGCACUACGAGCAGUUUAAUAUUUUAUUUUUUUAUCAUAUAAACUGAAAUAUAACUGAGGUAGGCUUUGUCAUGUUUGUCGCACAACAGUUUAUAUUUAUGCCAUAUAUUAUAAAACCACUGGCAGUGUCAGUAAGAGGUGGCUGUUUGUUUUUCCUUCUUAGUUUGACACGUUCUGACAAGGUGUUUACACAGGUGAUAUUCAACAUAGGGUUAGACCCAUACUUAACAUUUUGUAGCACAUCAAAUUGGAGAAGUCAUUUUUAUUGAAGUUCACAUUUCCUAUUUUAUCAUAAUUCUUAAAUAUCUUUUGAAGUUAUUUUACCAGAACUUAGAAGUUCAGAAAAAUGCUUUUGAAUCUCUCAAAUGGCUGUCAACUGACAUGCAUCUUGGAUUUUUUUUUUGGUUCUGAUGUUUUGUUUAGCACUGGUGUUAUGUUUAUAGUAUGUAUAUGUGAACGGAGCUGUGCAUCUUCUGUGUGUUUUGUAAUUCCAGUGCAGGGGCUUAUGGAAAACCAUCACAGUAGGAGUUCUAUUUAACCUCUUACUUCUGACUAAGAAAUUAACUGGCAAAAAUGAUUUCUGGUGAAGCAUACCUGGUAAAGUACAACCUGAACCCAAGUGUUUUUUUCUAGACUAUCCUGAACAUUUGAAAGUUAGAGUAGUAUUAUCUUGUUCUUAAACACCUAUAAAGUACAAUUAAGAACUCGAAUUGUAACAUUAGACUUUUAGGAACUUGGAUUCUGCCUUUCUGGAGCUCUACAUUUUAACUUUUGUUUAGAUACUAUAUAAUGCUAUCCACAUUGCUUCCAGAAGACUUGCAUGAUAGAAGAAAAAAAAUGCAUACUACUGAUGUAGGUCUUUCUUCCUGUGAAGCUCAUCAAUGAAAUCUUCAGCCUUGGUGCUGAUUUUUAUAUGUUAGAAGAAUUCAUUCUUCCCUUCUGCUGUUUUUGUAUGGUGGGGAAGAGGUAUGGAACAAGAGAUUAGGAAUCCUGUUGUCAUUGCUUAGCUGGAGACAGAAGAGACUUGCAGAGGGUUAAAGAGGGAGGAGAGAACCACAAGUAGUGCAUACCAUUUUGUCAGUGUCAUGACAACUGAUCAGGUAAGAGAUGGUGCUCUUGUGGAGCUGCAGAAAUAAGUUCAUGUUUCUUAAGGUAGCCAAACUCAAACUGUUGGGGGGGAGUGACAUUUCAGUUGCACUGAUGCACAAGUAAAAAUAUCACCAGUGAUUUCUAACUAGAAAGGGGAUGUUAUCCUGGAAGUACAAAUUAACACAAAAUAGCUCAGUGUUCAAAUUCCAAGGGUAAAAAUGCUUUAUUUUUCUAUAUGCGAAUCUUCCCUAUUUAAGGGACAUCAGUCAAAUGCCCAUUUAAAAACUAAAUCAGAAAACUAAAAACUAAAUCAAAAAGGCUCUAGUUCAGAGGGCAGUUAAUACACGAGAGCAAACCAAAAGUGCUACGGAGAGGAGCAGUAUACUGUUUUCCAUGGAAUUAAAAUUGCAUGUAAAAAAAAAAAAUAAAUGUCCAGGCACUUUCGGUUCAAAUAGAUGCUCAUUGUGAAGUUACAUACCCUUGGCUCAUCUCUGAAUUCAAAGUACAAAAUAAUUAAAGUUUGCUACGUACUAGAAAAGUCUAGGCUUAAUUUUAAAAAGGUUGGAAGAUCAAAAGCUUUUCGUGUUAUAGCUCUCUAUGUAUGUCUUAAGAUUUGGAUUUUUAUAUAACUGGUGAGAAUUUAUUCCAAGGCAUUUUUUUGUUGAUAAACUGUCUCAAAAUAUACUUUUUAAUAAUAAUCCUGCAUUUACAAGAACAACUCCAAGUAACCUUACCCGUCUUAGUCAUGACAUUUUGGCUUCCAUUACUCGAAAAGCAAGUUCCCUGAAGUAGAUGGUGAAUGCAGUUACCUCCUCCAGCAUGUCCAAAUGGCAGAUUGUUCAACUGAGGUGUGUUGCAUUUUUGCCACAGUUCUUGAGGUUGGGGCUAAAGCUGUCAGUUCUGAAACCCCAAACCAAUACUGAAAUACUGGAAAAGUGAUAGAGGAAUGUGUUCCCCAUGAUCUAAUCAGAUUUCUUGGUACACAAAAAUAAAAGCUGUGCACCUGCCUGCCAUGACAGCACAGAUAAAGCCAAAGGUCUCCCUUCCAGCACUGUUAAAAUGGUUGAAGAGGGGUUGGUACUUGAUCACAACUUAUUACAGUAACAGUUGAAAUGGGGGGAAGUGUUGUUACUUCUGUUGCUUUGUAGUAGUACACUGCUGAAAGAAAGCGCUCUACAGGGUGUUUCUUAUUUUAAAAAUAUUUUCCUGUCCUUUUCCCUUUAUAUACAAGAGUGGCCCUUCAUUUAUACUAGCUCAUGUGAUCAUUUUGGUAAUGUGUCUGUGGUUAAGCAGCAGCAAACACAGUUUUAUUUUUUAACAAAUUAUCUUAUGCUGUCCCCUUCCCAUGAGGAAGGAAAUAAUACCUUCAUUAUAAUCAGGCUUGCCAGGUUUUUACCAUUUUCUUAUACCUAGACCAUUACUAUAUUAGCACAUAUUAUAUCUGGUUAAUAUACAUGUUUUGUGAAGUGUUGCACCCUUAGGCUGUAUCUCACUGACAUUUAAAAAAGAUACUUUCUAAAAUGGCAGCUUCUGAGGAGAAUACUGUUGGAAGCAGUAGCUUUCUAAGCUUUGCUGUUUACUCUUUUCCUCUGAGUAGUUUUAUUUCUAAAAAUAACCAUCAUGCCCAUAAGAGCUCUGGAAUCAAUUUUAAGCUUUAAUAUUAUAGUUCACACAGCAAACCAAACCUAGCUCACAUAAUAUUAAGUGAUAAAUGUUAAAUUAUGUAUGUUUUUUAGUGUAAAGUUCUUACUUUACCAAAGCACGCUGGCUUAGUUUUAUACAAAAUACUAGGCACCCAGAUCCUAGGAUUUACUGGAUAUGGAACUUUAACCAUUCAGAGCUUUAGAAGAUUUAAAUGUCUUAUCAAAUCCUGUGUUGCCUUUUAAUGAGGCUGCUGGCCUAUACUAUCUCAUUUCAUGCUUGUAUUUAACCCCAAAUAAAGAAACUUUGAUUUUCUA